CCGAGAAACGCUUCCAAAUUUCAUUUCAAGCUUUUCGUGAUAACGCUACGCAAUGCUAGUCGAGGGUCUCAGGUGGCUCUACAAGAGCACACGGCGCAAUUUCUAUGCACUGAUCCACAUCCUAAUGGGCUAUCAGUUCUUUCGCUGGCUCCUCGAAUACUAUGCGCAACUAACAACGGGACCGGUAAAUGGCGGGAUGCAGCAGCAGCAGCAGCAGCAAAGGCGGCAGCCAGUGCAAAGUUUUGAUAAGGUUUUAACAAUGAGCAAGGACAUCGAAUCGCACAGCAUACCCAUUGCGGAGGGCACAAAUGCUGAGCAUGUGCUAUAUCGUUUGAAGCGCGGCUCCAAGUUGCGCGUGCAUCCGGAUGUCUCGUUGCUGGGCCGCAAAAUCCUGCUGCACACCAAUUAUCCCGACGAGGGCAAGAAGUUUGUGCGCACCGAAUAUCGCGUGCUCGGCUGGCAGCUGAGGGAUGGCCAGCAAAUAACUAGCGAUAAGCAUCCGGAUGUCCAUGUGGUGGACACGGACAUCUACAGCGAGCUGCAGUUGAACUUGUCGGGCACGUUUCGAUUCUACUUCCGAUUUGCCGAUCGGGAAGCCAAGCCGGACGCACAGCCGGAUGGCGCGUUGUAUGUGCAGGUGGAGCCCACGCUGCAUGUGGGUCCAGCGGGUGCCCAAAAGAUAAUACCCCUCAAUUCUAUACGCUGUCAAACGGUGAUGGCCAAGCUUCUGGGUCCGCUGAACACGUGGGAGGCGAAGCUGCGCGUGGCCAAGGAGUCCGGCUACAAUGUCAUACACUUUACGCCCAUACAGGAGCUGGGCGGGUCACGGUCCGGCUACUCGCUGCGUGAUCAGUUAAGUGUCAACCCCAACUUUGCGGCCAAGAAGGGUGAGCGGGUCACGUUUGAGGAUGUGGAGAAGGUUAUUAAGAAGUGCCGCCAGGAAUGGGGCGUAGCUUCCAUUUGCGACAUUGUGCUUAAUCACACGGCCAAUGAAUCCGAUUGGCUGCUGAAGCAUCCGGACGCGACUUACUCGUGCGCCACAUGCCCCUAUUUGCGUCCGGCUUUCCUGUUUGAUGCUGCACUGGCGCAGUGCAGCGAAGACAUAGCCGCGGGCAAGCUGGAGCAUGUGGGCGUGCCCGAGAUCAUCGAUCAGGAGUGCCAUUUGGAAGCUUUAAAGUACCAAUUGCAUAAUGCCUACCUAUCCAAGGUCAAUAUACACGAACUGUAUCAGUGCGACGUGAUGAAGUACGUGAACGAGUUCAUGUCGCAGGUGCGCACACGUGAGCCGCCCAAGAAUGUGGCGAAGGAGUCGCGCUUCCAGGAGAUUCAACUGAUACAGGACCCGGCAUAUCGUCGCUUGGGUAGCACAAUUGAUUUUGAGCUGGCAUUGGACAUCUUUAAUGCUUUCCAUGGCGACUGUUUCGAUGAGGAGUCACGUUUCCGCAAAUGCGCCGAGACACUGCGCCAUCAUCUCGAAGCGCUCAAUGAGCAGAUCCGGGCCGAGCUCCAAGGCCAUCUCAACUAUGCCAUCGAGAACUGCUUGGCGGGCGUGCGGUACGAGCGCGUCCAGCAGGACGGGCCGCGUGUGCAAGAAAUCUCCAUCAAGCAUCCGGUCUUCAUGACCUACUUUACGCAUACACGAAUCGAGGGCAAAUCGCUGCAGGAGAUCGAGGAGGAUAUGUACGGGCAAGCGGGCGAGUUCUUUAUGGCCCACAAUGGCUGGGUGAUGGGCUCCAGUGAUCCGCUCUUGGACUUUGCCGAGGCGCAAAAUCGCGGAAAUGUUUAUCUAAAGCGUGAGCUAAUCUCCUGGGGCGACAGCGUUAAGCUGCGUUUCGGCAAACGCCCGGAGGACAGUCCCUACCUGUGGCAGCACAUGACCGAGUAUGUAGAGAAAACGGCGCGUAUUUUCGACGGCGUACGUCUGGACAACUGCCAUUCGACGCCGCUGCACGUGGCCGAGUAUCUGCUGGAUGCGGCACGCAAAAUCAAUCCCGAGCUGUAUGUGGUCGCCGAGCUAUUUACCAACUCCGACGGCACCGACAAUGUCUUCGUCAACCGGCUGGGCAUUACGUCUCUGAUACGGGAAGCUCUUUCCGCUUGGGAUUCCCAUGAGCAGGGUCGCCUGGUAUACCGUUACGGUGGCGGACCUGUCGGCGGCUUCUUUGCGAAUCCCAAUCGUGAUGCGGCGCCCUGCGUGGCGCAUGCGCUCUUCAUGGACCUGACACACGACAAUCCCUCACCCAUUGAGAAGCGUUCAGUCUACGAUUUGCUGCCCUCAUCGGCGCUGGUGGCGAUGGCCUGUUGUGCCACGGGCAGCAAUCGCGGCUACGAUGAGCUAGUUCCGCAUCAUAUUCAUGUGGUCGACGAGGAACGCCCGUAUCAGGAGUGGGGCAAGGGCGUUGACUUUAAAACGGGCAUUAUAGCCGCCAAGCGCGCCUUGAAUAUACUGCACGGCCAGCUGGCGGAGGAGGGUUUCAGUCAGGUGUACGUAGAUCAAAUGGAUCCCAAUGUGGUCGCCGUGACGCGUCACUCGCCCAGCACACACCAGACGGUCAUCCUGGUUGCCCACACCGCGUUUAGCUAUCCGCAUCCCAAUGCUGGCGCCACCAAUGUGCGCCCGCUGCGCUUCGAGGGCGUCUUAGACGAGAUCAUACUCGAGGCCAACUUGACCAUGAAAAGCGACAAGCCCUUCGAUCGUCCGGCCCCUUUCAAGAAGGACGACCAUGUGCUGAACGGCUUCACACAGUUCGAGCUGUCGCUGCAGGAACACAUACCGCUCACCAAGUCGCAAGUAUUCGAGACAAGCCUCUACACGGACGGCAACAACACGCAGCUCAACUUUGCCAAUCUGCGUCCCGGCACUGUGGUCGCCAUCCGUGUCUCCAUGCAUCCCAGCGCCCGCAAGAGUUUCGAUCGCCUGCAGCAGGUCACGAAUGCUCUGCGCCUGGAGUCGGGUGCCCAGUGUGAAGAGCUCAAGUCGAUUGUCUCCAAAUUGGAUUUACCAGCAUUGAGUCGGGCGCUGUUCAGCUGUGAUCAGGAGGAACGCGACAUGGGCCUGGGUGGCUCCGCCUAUGAUAUACCCAACUUUGGGCCCAUUGUGUACUGUGGCCUGCAGGGCUUCGUCUCGCUGCUGACGGAGAUUUCACCACGCGACGACCUGGGCCAUCCACUGUGCAACAACUUGCGGGAUGGCAAUUGGAUGAUGGAUUACAUUGCCGAUCGCCUCAAUAACUUUGCGGAUCUGAAACCCCUGUCGAGCUGGCUUAGGGCAACCUUUGAUCCGUUGAAGAACGUGCCACGCUACCUCAUACCCUGUUACUUUGAUACCAUUGUGAGCGGUGUCUACAAUGUACUGGUCAAUCAGGUCAAUCAAUUGAUGCCCGAUUUUAUACGCGAUGGUCAUAACUUUACACAAUCCCUGGCGCUCUCGACGCUCCAGUUCCUGGCCGUUUGCAAUUCGGCGAAUCUGCCGGGCUUUAGCCUUGCGCUCAGCCCACCAAAGCCGCCGAAGCAGUGCGUCACCUUGUCCGCUGGCCUGCCCCACUUUUCCACAGGCUAUAUGCGCUGCUGGGGCCGGGACACGUUCAUCGCACUGCGCGGCACAAUGUUGCUCACGGGACGUUUUACGGAGGCGCGCUUUAUCAUAAUUGGCUUUGCGUCGGCCAUGCGACAUGGCCUGAUACCGAAUCUGUUGGAUAAUGGCGUUAAGCCGCGUUUCAAUUGCCGCGAUGCGGUCUGGUGGUGGAUGCACAGCAUUGCCCAGUACGUGAACGAGGCGCCGAAGGGUGCCGCUAUACUCAACGAUAAGGUGUCACGGAUUUUCCCCUAUGAUGAUUCCGAACCUCAUCCGCCUGGCGCCUUCGAUCAGCUGCUGCACGACGUCAUGCAGGAGGCACUGCAGGUGCACUUCCAGGGUCUGCAGUAUAGGGAACGCAAUGCCGGCCAGGAAAUAGAUGCACACAUGGUCGAUCAGGGUUUCAACAAUCACAUUGGAGUGCAUCCGGAGACGGGCUUCGUGUUUGGCGGCAACAGCGCCAACUGCGGCACCUGGAUGGACAAAAUGGGCUCCUCCGAGAAGGCGGGCAAUCGCGGACGACCCAGCACGCCGCGCGAUGGCUCCGCCGUGGAACUGGUUGGCCUGCAGUACGCCGUGCUGCGUUUCAUGCAGGGACUUAGCGAGCGAAAGAUUAUUCCGCACAGCGGCGUGGAACGCAAGGGUCCGUCCGGCGAGCUGACAAAGUGGAGCUACAAGGAGUGGGCAGAUCGCAUACAGAACAAUUUUGAUGCGAAUUUCUUUGUCAAGGACACGGACAGAACAUCGGUGGCCAACAAGAAGGGCAUCUACAAGGAUAGCUUUGGAGCCACGCAGGACUGGACAGACUUCCAGCUGCGCUGCAACUUUCCCAUAACGCUGACAGUGGCCCCGGAACUGUGCAAUCCGAAGAACGCCUGGCGUGCCCUGGAGCAGGCCAGAAAGUAUCUGCUUGGCCCGUUGGGCAUGAAGACAUUGGACCCGGAUGACUGGAACUACAGAGCCAAUUACGACAACUCCAACGAUUCGGCUGACUGCACCGUGGCACAUGGCGCCAACUAUCAUCAGGGACCCGAAUGGGUGUGGCCCAUAGGCUUCUAUCUGCGCGCCCGUCUCAUAUUCGCCAAGAAGUGCGGCUACCUGGACGAGACCAUUGCCGAGACGUGGGCCAUAUUGCGGGCACAUCUGCGCGAGAUGCAAACAUCCCAUUGGCGCGGCCUGCCCGAGCUGACCAACGACAAUGGCAGCUACUGCAACGACUCCUGUCGCACGCAGGCCUGGAGUGUGGGCACAGUGCUGGAGGUGCUGAACGAUCUGCAUGCGCUCGGCGCGGAUGUCUAGGCAAAAUUACAAAGUCAACGAAUCUCUCUCCGCCUGCAGAGAUACCAUAUAAUUCUAAAUGAUACAAAAUUUAUCCAAUACACACUUAAUUGGUUAGCUGCCACUGAUGUGCAUAACCAUCAAAUUAGUUGUUCAAUUUGUUACCCAACUUGUGGAUCAUCCGAUACUCUCUCUGUCUCUCUCUUUAUACAUAUUAAAGUUAUUUUAUCUAUGCCA